CAGCCAACGCUGAAAGCCCUCCCAACUGCUGUGAAGCAAGGAAAAUGUUAUCGGUUGCUGGCUAAGCCCGACAACAAACAGGGACGGUGUUAUCCUCUGAACUGCAGAGCCAGUGAGCCACCGACAGACCCGGGGGGGGGGGGGGGGGGGGGGGGGGGCUGGGGCAUGAUGGGAAACGGGAGCAAGGGCCAAUGUGCUGUCUGCCACGGUGUCGAGGGCGACAGAAGUGGCUUUUGGGUAGGGUGACGAAUCAAUUUGCCUCCACUGACUGUGCACCGCCGGGGUGCUUACAGUACUUACCACUGGUUCAGGAUGCAGGAUGCCACCGCUGCCACCAGCGCACAGAGGAAAUUGGAUUUGCUAGUUUUUUUCUUAUUUUUUCUUUAGUUUUUUAAAUUUUUGAUAUUUUUUAAUUUAUAUUAUUAUUAUUUUUUUUUUAUUUUUUUUUUUUAGGGGGAAUGGAUCAGCUUAAUAUUGCAGAUAGAUUGUAUCUUCUAUCAAUGUAAUUGUCUGCAUCACUUCCAAUCCCCCAUGUUUUUUUUAUUUUGUAUAUAUAUACUCCCCUUUAUUACUUUUCAACCCCACCAUCCUUUCCCUACUUGGAGUAAAUUAGUGAACAACAAUGCCCAGGCCUCUACUUCCGGUCUAAACUUACUAUCUACACCUUAUGGACACAGUUAAUUUUACAAUAAUUCUAUUAUAUAUAUUAUUUAUUUAUUUUUUGCUCCUGAACUUCUUCUACUCUCAACCUCUCCGAUCAUUUUCAUGAUGUCCAUCCGGUUUGCUUCUAUAUGCCAUAUCUUUCUAACUGUGCUCCUUCCCACAAGCUCCCAACAUACAACCUAUAUACUUAUUAUGGACACAGUAUGCUUACAUUAUUAGCUAUCUUUGUUAUUAUUUGUUGUUAUUUGUUAUUAGUCCCAUCCUUCAACUCUAUUCAAUACCUCCCAUCUAUCUCUUAACACCAUCCAUAUAGGAUUUCUAUUUGCCAUAUAUAUUUCGACCGUACUGUGAUGUUUUACAAAAAUUCUAAACCUUUCUAUUCUCAUUGCUUCUACAGAUUGUGAAUUAAAAAUAAACAUUUUUGCUAAAAGUAUUAUUAUAUUAUUGAUUGAUUGACUAUGAUUUUUCAGAUCACCCAGUAAUGCUAUCUGCAAGGUUAGUUCCAGGUAAAUAUUGCAAUCCUUUAGCCAUUCCUGGACCUGUGUCCAAAAACAAGCUACAAAUGGACAGAACCAAAACAAAUGAUCUAAUGAUUCUGUCUCUUCACAGCAAAACCUGCAGAGCUGGGAAGGUUGUAUCCCCCAUAUAAAUAACAUUAUAUUGGUAGCAAGAAUUGUAUAUAAUAAUUUAUGCCAUGGGAUCGAUACGUCAAAGAUCUCUUCCCAACUAUUUUGCAUUCUAUAUGGGACGGCUGUCAAUCCUUUGGUCCUUAAGUGAAACUGAUAUACUUUUUUAUUUAUCACAGUUUUCCUUAACCAAUUAUGUUCUUUAAUGCAAGGCCGACAGACAAGUUCCUUAAUGCAAGGCCCCCUUCCACUUUCCUCUUCCACUUUUGCGGUAAGGCUGCAAUUAUUUGGUUGUAAUUUUGGGUAGAGCAGACAUUUCCAUAUGUUUUGUUAGCUGCAUGUGCGACAUAACUCCACCAGUCCUACCGAUGAUAUCAUUUACGAAGAUUAUACCUUUUUUAAACAUUCUGUCAAAAAAGAAAGGUUUUUUGUCAAUUAGUAUAUUUGAAUUUAACCACAAUAUUUGUUGCAUUAUUUGUUCUGUCGUUUCUGGAGGAUUAAAUUGAAAUUGCAACCAACUUUCUAUGGCUUGUUUUAGAAAUAGUGACAUUUGGGAGAUUGUUUCCUUUUCAAAUAACUGAAAGUGAGAGGUUGUAAUCUGAAUAAAGGGAAAAAGGCCUUUCUUGAACAUUGGGUGAGACAAUCUGGUUCAGGAUGCAGGAUGCCACCGCUGCCACCAGCGCACAGAGGAAAUAGGAUAGGCUAGUCUUUGUAUGAGUUCCCUCAGGUUUGUCAAGCAGGGUUUUGGCAGAGUGAUGGUGUGUCAGGUCAUUAUUGUAGGUCGGUUCGCCUAAAUUCAAACUGUUUUGUUAAACAGUGAUCACUUACAUUUGUAUUGAACAGAUUAUAUCAAUUGCACUUUUCAAAGAAGCACGAUUUAGCCUAAGUGAGCGCUUUAAAGUGCUUCAUGGGGUGCAAGAGUCGGUGUGUUUAGAAGCAUCGCUGUGUGAUUCAGCGUGCCGUCUUCUUGAUCUCGGAAUAUGCGUUUUGAUGUGUCUUGGCACCUUCCAUGCUGCUCGUGCAUCUUAAUGUGUUAGCAGCAGGGGGAGGCUCCUUUCGCCACAUGAAUAUUCGCUGCCGGUGUUUGUUCACGACUCAGCAUUCUGUGGCUCCUAUGGUGGCAUGCAGGGCUCCGAAUUAAUAAUCAUACGUUUAACACAGACGUCAGACAGAAAACAUGUAGGCUAGGGUCUAUAAUGGUUUAUAGUCCUAACCUUGGAUCUCUGAUAGUUGCAUGUUUAGGCUACCCUAGCAUGUUUUGGCUAUUUGACAUGUGUUGUUAGUUAACACAUACUAUAUUUGCAGUAGGGAAGAGUGGGGUAUGUUGAGCCAUUUUUUACAUUCAGCAUCACUACAGCAAGGGAAAUAUAGUAUUCUUUCUAACAUAGAUAUCUACAUAUAUUUCAGGAUGUGUAUCCCUGGAAAUAAUCAGAAUUCAUGUAAACAUAACCGUUUUGAAAACAUAGCUUGUCCAAAAAAGUGGUCUCUUGGCACAACUAUGGGGUAAGUUGAGUCUAGGGACAGGGUAAGUUGAGCCGCUUUGGGGUAUGUCGGUGGUGGUGUUACGUGACAGUGGGUGCUGGUAGGUCAAAGUUUAAUUCAUGGAAUGGGGGUGUGGUAUAUUGUAUAUCUAAAUGUAUGCCUACAUUUAGAUAUAGAGCUCUCUGUUCAAUAUCACUUACCCUUCCAUUUCUUGACCAGUUGUGUGGGACAGGGGACAGGGAGGAUGUACCAAUUUGUAGGCAAGUUCUCUGCAUUUGAGGCUUCUAAGCCCAUGAAACUGGUCUGCGAGAUUCUUGAUAUGUUUAGCAAGCUCAGACUCCAUGUCAUCAGAUAAGACCUUGUGUGCCUCUGGUACUCUAUCAUAGUCUCUCACACAGGUACUGUUGUUUUAUUUUUUGUCAAUGUACAGUGCAUUCGGAAAGUAUUCAGACCCCUUUACUUUUUCCACAUUUUGUUACAUUACAGCCUUAUUCUGAAAUUGAUUAAAUAAAUAAAAAUCCUCAUCAAUCCACACACAGUACCCCAUAAUGACAAAGCAAAAACAGGUUUUUAUAAAAACCAGAAAUACCUUAUUUACAUAAGUAUUCAGACCCUUUGCUAUGAGACUCGAAAUUGAGCUCAGGUGCAUCCUGUUUCCAUUGAUCAUCCUUGAGAUGUUUCUACAACUUGGAGUCCACCUGUGGUAAAUUCAAUUGAUUGGACAUGAUUUGGAAAGUCACACACCUGUCUAUAUAAGGUCCCACAGUUGACAGUGCAUGUCAGAGCAAAAACCAAACCAUGAGGUCAAGGGAAUUGCCCGUAGAGCUCAGAGACGACAGGAUUGUGUCGAGGCACAGAUCUGGGGAAGGGUACCAAAACAUUUCUGCAGCAUUGAAGGUCCCCAAGAACACAGUGGCCUCCAUCAUUCUUAAAUGGAAGAAGUUUGGAACCACCAAGACUCUUCCUAGAGCUGGCCACACGGCCAAACUGAGCAAUCGGGGGAGAAGGGCCUUGGUCAGGGAGGUGACCAAGAACCCGAUGGUCACUCUGACAGAGCUCUAGACUUCCUCUGUGGAGAUGGGAGAACCUUCCAGAAGGACUGCAGCUCUCUACUAAUCAGGCCUUUAUGGUAGAGUGGCCAGAUGGAAGCCCAUGACAGCCCACCUAAAGGACUCUAAGACCAUGAGAAACAAGAUUCUCUGGUCUGAUAAAACCAAGAUUGAACUCUUUGGCCUGAAUGCCAAGAGUCACGUCUGGAGGAAACCUGGCACCAUCCCUACGGUGAAGCAUGGUGGUGGCAGCAUCAUGCUGUGGGGAUGUUUUUCGGCGGCAGGGACUGGGAGACUAGUCAGGAUCGAGGGAAAGAUGAAUGGAGCAAAGUACAGAGAGAUCCUUGAUGAAAACCUGCUCCAGAGCGCUCAGGACUUCAGACUGGGGUGAAGGUUCACCUUCCAACAGGACAAUGACCCUAAGCACACUGCCAAGACAACGCAGGAGUGGCUUCGGGACAAGUCUCUGAAUGUCCUUGAGUGGCCCAGCCAGAGCCUGGACUUGAAUCCGAUCGAACAUCUCUGGAGAGACCUGAAAAUAGCUGUGCAGCGACUCUCCCCAUCCAACCUGACAGAGCAUGAGAGGAUCUGCAGAGAAGAAUGGGAGAAACUCCCCAAAUACAGAUGUGCCAAGCUUGUAGCGUCAUACCCAAGAAAACUCUAGGCUGUAAUCGCUGCCAAAGGUGUUUCAACAAAGUACUGAGUAAAGGGUCUGAAUAGUUAUAUAAAUGUGAUAUUUCCAUUUUUAAAUUUGCACACAUUUCUAAAAACCUGCUUUUGCUUUGUCAUUAUGGGUAUUGUGUGUAGAUUGAUGAGGGGAAAAAAUACAUGUAAUCCAUUUUUCGAAUAAGGCUGUAACGUAACAAAAUUUGGAAAAAGUCAAUGGGUCUGAAUACUUUCCGAAUGCACUGUACCUCUACAGUGUCAUUCAGUCUAUUUGUUCAUCCCUUGCUGUUGCCCGAAUGGACUUCUUCCCUUCUCGCUGCUCUCUGAAGAACCUCAAGGGGGGCCAGACCCCUGCUUGUUUUACAUUUGUAACACGGGGCAUGAUGAUGUCUGCUCUGUAACAAUACAAAUGCACUAUCUUUAGUUCAUAUGCAUGACACAUUGCAACAAAAAUGCAUAUUAUGCUUAAAACUAACCAAAUGUAAUAAUAAUUUGUAUGGGGUAUGGUGGCCAUUGGCUCAACUUACCCCAAGGCAAACAUUUUGACUAUAUUAGCCCACACAGCUACAAAGGUGCACUUUCAUCCUAGGUUUAGGAUCUCAUAUUGUAGCUUAUAGAGAGCCCAACUGAUAAACAAAACAAUAUUAAAACGAUCUACUUUGGUUUAGAUAUAAGCAUCAUGAAACCUAUAACAAUACAUUUAUUUAACUUUGUGAAAAUCUGUUUUUUGGACCUAACUUGCUUACCACUUUUUCCAUGUGUUUUUUGUCCUUCACAGCCUCCAUGAAAUGAUGACCUCUUCCAAAAUAUUUGGUCACAUGAUACAUUUUGUGUAUGGCGUCCUAGAAACAAGGGGUGGCUCAUUUAACCCUUUGGCUGAACUUACCCCACAUUCCUCUAUAUUGUGGGGAUUUCCAGACUGCAGCCAACAUACAUGUUUUCUCUCAGUGUGGUGACUUAGUCUUGUCUUGACUAGUCUUGAUGCCAGUAUGAUAAUACACUUGUUCAGCCUUCUCCUCUCCAAGCAAAUGUAUCGUGCUCGUACUAAGGCCAUUAACUUACUUCAUCAGAUUCUACUGAUCCUUGUGUGUUUCUCAGCUGGACUUUUGUGUAACCUCUGUCACUUUUAGAGUUUAAGGGUAAUGUUUUAUAUCUCUCUGACUUUUAGAACGUGGUGAACUUCGUGGACGACAGCUUCCCUCCCGGCCCGCGAUCCGUUGGCUUCCCCGAGGGCGACAGCGUCCAGCAGCGAAUCAAAAAGUGGCUCCGCCCUCACGAGAUCAAUUGCAACAACUUCAAGGACCGGGGCGUCAAAUGGUCUGUCUUCCGCACCCCUCGGCCCUCAGACAUCCUGCAAGGCCUGCUGGGAAAUUGUUGGUGAGUUGUCAUCAUUGAACGUUUGCAGCGUCGUAGUAUCUGUAGCUCAACUGUGUGUGUGUGUGUCCGCGUGAGUCUGUGUGGGUACCAAACUGUGUACUACCUUCCUUAAACAGUGUGUGUGUGCAUGCUUGUGUGUCAUAGUGUAUACACUGGGCCUGCGUGUUCGGUGUGCCUGCUGUGCUUGUUAGAAACAGUGUUUGUCUCUGCUCUCCCUGGUUUAUUACUAAGGUGUUUCUGAAUGAAUAAACCGACUCCCCUCUGCAUGUGAGAGAGAGGUGAUCUCUCAACGCUCGUCUUAAAGGUCAGUGGGAGAGAAUAAAUAAACACACUGGUGGCCCGGGUUGUUCAUCAUUGAAAAAUGAAUAUAGAUGUACUCCCUGGGCCUAAAGUAGAGCGAGAGAGAGAAAGGGAGGGAGGGAGAGUGAGGGGGGGUGCUAAAGAGAGAGAGAAGGAGCUAGAGGGAGGGAGGGAGCGAGUGAAAGAGGUAGGGAUAAAUAAAUAGAUAGAAAGAGAAGAUCGAGAAAGAGCUGGGAAGAGAGAAGGAGUAUGAAUAAAGAGUGGAGAGAGGGGAAGAGAGAGGAGGGGUGAGGCGGCCAGAUGUACUGAUACAGCACCUGACUGGGGGAUUAUUCAGAGGAAUGUAGGUCUGGACACAUUUUAUCUCCACGCCCUUGUUUUGGGUGUCCUUGGGGCCUGUGUAGUCAUUCCUACACACACACACACACACACACACACACACACACUCUUAUUCACUCAUUAUCUCUCUCUCUCACACGCACACACACACACACUCAUUCUCAUACACUUUUUACUCUCAAAUACAGACACACACACACACACACACGCAGCCGCUUAUCAAAAAUAACCCUCCCUAGGCACCCCUUCACUCGCUCUCACACUACAGGAAGUAACCCAAUUCCCAUUCUGAAUCCCACCCUAGUCACAUUUACAGUCCAUGUUACACAUCCCCAGCCACGCAACCACGUCAAAUCGCAUACCGUCACAUCAACCCACCCUUGAGCGGCCGGAGAGGCUAGAAACACGACCCGUCAUAGUCCAGCGUUCUUGUCGCUAUGCCCAAAGUAAUUGGAUUUUGAUUCAAUUAUUUUUAUCUGAUUUGCAUUGAUUGGAUUUGCAUGGGGUUGAAUGGCCAGAUCGGCCACGCUUGUCUAGCACUGUACCCGGAGCAGACAGGGAGAUAGAGUUAUUAUUGAAAAUGUCUCGUUGAGAUGAUACUAGAAUAUCAUGCAGAGCCCCUCUUGAGACAGAUUCUCUAGCUCGAGAACGCAUGCUCACACAGACACACACAUACACACAUACAGUGAGUGCUUGUUGAGUAAGGCCUCAAAUGAAGGGGCUCAGCACUAGGAAGGAUAGAUUAGUAGAAGAUCUCCUGCAUUCCAUAACCUCACUCUAGUCUGCUUCCUCUCAAUGUUGUCCUCCUACAUCUGGAGUUUGUCCUGGCUUCUGUCACCUUGCGUUGCUCUUUUAGGGGUUGAGGUUGGUGGCAAGUCAACCAUCAAUUUAUAAAAGUACAGAAGCUGAGCUUCAAAGUGGCGUAUCAUACACUGCAGUUGGAGGAAACAUGGGGAAGUUAUGCUGCUUUGAAAUGUGAUAAACUUGUUAUGCCACUUUGGAGACGAGUAGGAGAAAAAUACCUUGAAUGAUUUUCGCACUUCUAUAGAGAGCUCUUCUUUGUUUACGACCCAUUCAGAAUCAUUCACACCCUCUUAAGCCUCACCCAUCUCUUUCAGAAUUCACAUGUAAACGCCUGAGUCAGCAUGGCAUUGUCCUCCAGAAGGAAGUCUAUUAUCCAUUAUCUCAGCCAAUCAUGGGUCCUGCCUUUCUCCCUACAUAGCUCAGUGCUUUUUUCCUUGGCUAAACUAGGCUCAUAAUAAAAGGCAUAUUAAGGCAUAUGAAAGUUCACAUGUUCAAGGCAUUUCAGCCCUACUGUGAAGUUGGAAAUAGCGUAAAAACCCUACAGUCCGGAAUCCUGUCAUAAAUGUGAUUAAUUACUUAUAUUGACUGACUGACUUAUACUAACUUACUUACUUAUGACCUUCUUGUCUGCCUGCCUUAGUCUCAAAAAUCUGGUUUCAAUUAUAAACUAUUUUGGUGGCGCAGCGGUCUAAGGCACUGCAUCGCAGUGUUGAGGCGUCACUACAGCCUGGGGUUCGAUCUCUGGCUGUGUCACAGCCGGCCGUGACCGGGAGUCCCAUAGGGCGGCACACAAUUGGCCCAGCGUCGUCCGGGUUAGGGGAAGGUUUCGGCCGGGGGUGCUUUCCUUUGCUCAUCGCGCUCUAGCGACUCCUUGUGGCGGGCCAUGAGCCUGCAAGCUGACUUCAGUCGUCAGUUGAACAGUGUUUCCUCCGACACAUUGGUGCGGCUGGCUUCUGGGUUAAGCAAGCGGGUGUUAAGAAGCAGCGCAGCUUGGCAGGUCAUGUUUCGGAGGACGCAUGACUCGACCUUCGCCUCUCCCGAGCCCGUUGGGGAGUUGCAGCGAUGAGACAAGAUCGCAAUUGGAUAUCACGAAAUUGGGGAGAAAAAGGGGGUCAAAUUACCAUAAACUAAAAUAAAAUGUAUGGACUCUAAUUUAUCCACACUAAUUUAUCCGCUUGAAUAAAAUAGUAGCUAUGAAGAUGGAGAACAUGGAGGUUAUUAUUAAUGAGUGCAUUUCGCAAGUGGCUCGUUUGCAUCAACUACCUUAACUAAAACCACUGUAAAGGUUGUGCCUGAAAGCACGAACCACCGCAUUUAACCAUGGCAAGGUGACUGGGAAUAUGGUUGAAUACGAACUGUGUAGUUAUUCCCUCCGUAAGGCAAUCAAACAGGCAAAACGUCAGUACAGAGACAAAUUGGAGUCGCAAUUCAACGGCUCACACACAAGAUGUAUGUGGCAGGGUCUACAGACAAUCACAGAUUACAAAGGGAAAACCAGCCACGUCGCGGACACCGAAGUCUUGCUCCCAGACAAGCUAAACACCUUUUUCGCCCGCUUUAAGGAUAACACAGUGCCACCGACGCGGCCCGCUCCCAAGGACUUUGGGCUCUCGUUCACCGUGGCCGACGUGAGUAAGAUAUUUAAGCAUGUUUUCCCUCGCAAGGCUGCCGACCCAGACGGCAUCCCUAGCCGCGUCCUCAGAGCAUGCGCAGACCAGCUGGCUUGAGUGUUUACGGACAUAUUCAAUCUCUCUCUAUCCCAGUCUGCUGUCCCCACUUGCUUCAAGAUGUUCACCAUUGUUCCUGUACCCAAGAAAGCAAAGGUAACUGAACUAAAUGACUAUCGCCCCGUAGCACUCACUUCUGUCAUCAUGAAGUGCUUUGAGAGGCUAGUUAAGGAUCAUAUCACCUCUACCUUACCUGACACCCUAGACCAACUUCAAUUUGCUUACCGCCCCAAUAGAUCCACAGACGAUGCAAUCGCCAUCGCACUGCACACUGCCCUAUCCCAUCUGGACAAGAGGAAUACCUACCUCAGUAUGCUGUUCAUUGACUAUAGCUCAGCCUUCAACACCAUAGUACCCUCCAAACUCAUCAUUAAGCUCGGGGCCCUGGGUCUGAACACCGCCCUGUACAACUGGGUCCUGGACUUCCUGACGAGCCGCCCCCAGGUGGUGAAGGUGGGAAACAACACCUCCACUUCGCUGAUCCUCAACACUGGGGCCCCACAAGGGUGCGUGCUCAGCCGCCUCCUGUACUCCCUGUUCACCCAUGACUGCGUGAUCAAGCACGCCUCCAACUCAAUCAUCAAGUUUGCAGACGACACAACAGUAGUAGGCCUGAUUAACAAAAAUGAUGAGACAGCCUACAGGGAGAAGGUGAGGGCCCUGGCAGAGUGGGGCCAGGAAAAAUAACCUCUCUCUCAACGUCAACAAAACGAAGGAGCUGAUCGUGGACUUCAGGAAACAGAUGUGGAUAGGGAGCUCGCCCCUAUCCACAUCGACAGGACCGCAGUGGAGAAGGUGGAAAGCUUCAAGUUCCUCUGCGUACACAUCACUGACAGUCUGAAAUGGUCCACCCACACAGACAGUGUGGUGAAGAAGGCGCAACAGCCUCAGGAGGCUGAAGAAAUUCGGCUUGGCUCCUAAGACCCUCAGAAACUUUUACAGAUGCACAAUUGAGAGCAUUCUGUCGGGCUGUAUCGCCGCCUGGUACGGCAACUGCACCGCCCGCAACCUCAGGGCUCUCCAGAGGGUGGUGCGGUCUACCCAAUGCAUCACUGGAAGCACACUGCCUGCCCUCCAGGACACCUACAGCACCCGAUGUCACAGGAAGGCCAAAAAGAUCAUCAAGGACAACAACCACCCGAGCCACGUUCUCUUCACCCCGCUAUCAUCCAGAAGGCGAGGUCAGUAGAGGUGCAUCAAAGUUGGGACCGAGAGACUGAAAAACAGCUUCUAUCUCAAGGCCUGCAGACUGUUAAAUAGCCAUCACUAGCAGGGGUACCACCGGGCUACUCAACCCUGCACCUUAGAGGCUGCUGCCCUAUAUACAUAGACCUGGAAUCACUGGCCACUUUAAUAAUGGAAUACUAGUCACUUUAAUAAUGUUUACAUACUGCUUUAUUCAUCUCAUAUGUAUAUACUGUAUUCUAUUCUACUGUAUUUAGUCAAUGCCACUCUGACGUUGCUCGUCCUAAUAUUUAUAUAUUCCUUAAUUCCAUUAUUUUACUUUUAGAUUUGUGUAUUGUUGUGAAUUGUCAGAUACUACUGCACUGUUGGAGCUAGGAACACAAGCAUUUCGCUACAUCCGCAAUAACAUCUGCUAAAUAUGUGUAUGUGACCAAUACGAUUUGAUUUUAUUUAAACUUUGGUAUUGAAUCACAAAGUUCUGGCAUGUCUGCCUUGUGAUUUGUUGGGAUAGUCCCCAGAAUUUUGUUUCUCCCCUUAUUGACGUAGGCAGUGCCAAAAGAGUCCAUCAUUGAAACCAGACCCUAGUCACUGUGUUGCCUUGGGUCGGGUUUUCAAGACUAUGCCUGCCUGACUUACUGACUGGUUAUCUCGUUGCUGCCUCCUGUAGGUUCCUGAGUGCGUUGGCGGUGCUGGCGGAGCGUCCAGAGCUGGUGGAGAGGGUGAUGAUCACCAGGGGGAUCUGCCAGGAGGGGGCCUACCAGGUCAGGCUUUGUAAGGAUGGUACCUGGAUCACCGUGCUGGUGGACGACAUGCUUCCCUGCGAUGAGUACGGAUACCUGCUCUUUUCCCAGGUAAGGGGUGGGACACCACACACUCACGCGCACGGAUGUAUUAUGCAUUAAAUACAAAAAUUUAAUGGUCCUUCAUUGCUUUUGUGAACUCUGAAUGUUUUCUUCCCUGUAUGUUCAUUGCAUUGCAAGGUUAUUCACUGCUCAUUAAUUUGACCUCUUCUCGCUCUCUCUCUGUCUCUCUCUGUCUCUCUCUCUCUCUCUCUCUCUCUCUCUCUCUCUCUCUCUCUCUCUCUCUCUCUCUCUUCUAUCCCAUUCCCUCUCCUUCUAUCCCCAUCCUUCCUUCUCUCUACUCUUCUCCCUCUCCCUUGCGCUCUCUCUCUGUCUCGCUCCCCUUUCCUACUGUUCUCCCUCCCUAGCCUUCUCCAUCGCUCCCUUCCCUCUGACCCUUCCCUGACCUUUCUCCAUCCUCCACUUGCCCUCGUAUCCCUUCACUACCUUUCUCCAUCACCCACGGCCCGCACCCCGGCACGACCGGGCGCAUCACCACGGCCCGCGACCCCUGGCACGACCUGGCGCCAGCCCACUGCCCGCGAGCCCCGGCACGACCUGCUCCAGCCGCCACGGCCCCUAUCCCCGGCACGACCGGGCUCCAGCAGCCUACGGCACCGCAGCCCCGGCACGAUCGGCGCCAGCCGCCACGCCCGAGCCGCAGACCGGGCCAGCUGCCGCUCGGAUCCCCGCACACCGCUCCAGCAUCCACGGCCCUCGAGCCCCGUCACUACCGGGCGCCAGCAUCCACGUCCCGCUACCCCGGCACGACCUGGCCCAGCAGCCACGGCCCGCAGCCCCGGCACGACCUGGGCCCAGCCGCCACGUGCCCCGAGGCCCUGCACGACCGUGUCGCCAUCCUCCACUUCCCUCUAUCCCCCUUCACUAUACCUUUCUCCAUCCCUCCACUUCCCUCUAUCCCCUUCACUACCUUUCUCCAUCAUCCACUUCCCUCUAUCCCCUUCACUACCUUUCUCCAUCCUCCACUUCCCUCUAUCCCCUUCACUACCUUUCUCCAUCCUCCACUUCCCUCUAUCCCCUUCACUACCUUUCUCCAUCCUCCCUACUUCACCACCUCUAUCCCCCUCUGCCUCUCACUAUCCCUCUUUUCUUCUCUCUGUCUUUCCUUCCUCCCUUUCUCCAUCCCCCUUUUUCUUCCUCCUUCCUCUCUCUCGCCAGGCUCAGCGUAAGCAACUCUGGGUGGCCCUGAUAGAGAAGGCCCUGGCCAAGCUCCAUGGCUCCUACUUUGCCCUGCAGGCGGGGCGCGCCAUCGAGGGCCUGGCCACGCUGACGGGGGCACCGUGUGACUCCCUGAUGCUGCAGGUCAGCUCCACCAACCCCCGCGAGGAGCCCAUCGACACGGACCUCAUCUGGGCCAAGAUGCUCAGCUCUAAGGAGGCCGGGUAAGGGGGAUAGAGGAGGUUUGUCUUCGGAGAAAGUCGAUAAUGCUGUGUAGAUGUAUCAUGAUGUGCACAGAUGGCACGAGGUAUGAAGUAGUUUCUCAAGAGUCUAGGUCAAGAACAAGUCCAUUUAUUUGAAAAGACAUGAAGAGGCCUAUUGAAUGGACCCUGAUUCAGCCUACUCCUUGACUAACAAGCAUGUUCAAUGGAGAAUGCUUUUUAGUCCAGGAGGAGGCUUAUAUCUGGGUCCACUUUGGCAACCACCCCCAAGAGUUUAAGGUGACACGUGAUCAAUGUUCCCUCAACAAAUUUUCGGCACUGAGCAAAUUUCAGGUCUGCUAAGCGCAACAAUUCUGUGCAACUUCCAGCGCGUGUUUACUGUGAACACUGAGGCUGUACCCGCUUUAAGUUACAGUUUUAACAGUGGCCAUGUAGGCUACUGUGGCUAUUUUAUCAUAGCGUAGGCCUACCAGAGUGGCCUAACAUAAAAAACAAUGGAGAAAAUGCAUCCCAUAACAUUUUAACAUGGAAAUAGCAGCCAAUGUGUGGUGGUCAAUGUAGGCGUACAUUCCAUGAGACUUUUGAGAAAAAAAACACGCAGUGCUUGACAUUAACCUGUUUAUCCACUUAUCCAAAAUGUUGUUGUGUUGUUUGAUGCAAGAAACCACUUUACAAAAUAAAAUGCAUUAUUAUUCCCAUAACAUUAUUACAGAGAAUCAGACAAAUUAUGCUACCCAAUGCCUAUUGGCUACUUAGCUUAUUCAUUCCUGUCUCAAAAUACAACACUGCCCCAUUAAGACAGAAAAAAAAGCUCUUUACCUGACUCGCUUUUCAAAGAUGUCUAGAAAUGUGUACGCUUGGUGCUCUUGUAGGAAGCAAUCACUUACAUUUGACAUUUUAGUCAUUUAGCAGACGCUCUUAUCCAGAGCGACUUACAGUUAGUGAGUGCAUACAUUUUCAUACUGGCCCCCCGUGGGAAACGAACCCACAACCCUGGCGUUGCAAGCGCCAUGCUCUACCAACUGAGCUACACUCCCCUAUUGCUGACUACAAAUGAUCUAUAACUCCCUAACUAGCAAAGGAUAAGAACAAAAUGUGCACACGUGGUUACAUGCAGCUCUCGCUUUGAUCUCAAAACAUGCGGAUCUACUCACGACCGCUCAUGCUGUAAACACAGUCCAGUUCAAAGUAAAUGGCACAGAUCCAUAUAUGGCAAUGGUCUAUUUGCAUAUAGGCCUUCUGCAGCUCUGAUUGUUUUUGCCGCACCGGUCUGUGUAGAGUACUGGCUGAGUAGUGCGUGUCAAUGCAAUAGAAUCUACAACAACAUCUCUUGCAUAGUUCGUUUUGUUUCGGUAUGUUGCAUUAAAGUGGCUAAUAUUGCAUUGAUUCGAUCACAAUUGCCACAGUAAAGGGAAACGUUGAUGGUGUUAACAGGGAAAACUGUAGAACAGUGGUAACCAACCUUUUCUGAGUCAAGAUCACUUUGAGUCAAAAUGCAAGCCGAGAUCUACCGCUCAGAAUAUUUGUUUUACAUGACUUAAAAACGAAAGCCUAUGCAACAUCAACUAAUUAAAACAGUACUGUAGCAAUGAGUUUUGUGCAGUAAGCUAUAGGCCCAAUACCUUAUCACCGCAUAUUGGCUUUGCUUGAAUUACCCUGACAAUGCAUUGUUGUUCGGGCCAUAAAAAAUAAAAAAAAAGACGUACGCUACUUGAUCGCACCGGUGAUAGAUCUGUUGUUGUAUUACUUGUGAAGCACAGCUGAGUGAGCAUACAUUUAAAUAAUGUGCUUUUUAUUUUUAUUUUACUGGGCUGAUGGUGCCUGCAUCUGAUGGUCAGUCUCAGCGGAGAGAGAGAGAGCAGUAGACUGAUGGUCCGCCUCUCAACAUCCCUCCUCUCUCCCUUUCCUCCACUGACACUGACCAAAAAGGGACACCGUCUUCCAGAUUAUGGCGAAACUCAAGUCGCACCGCAUGAUUUCUGCCUCAUGCACAAAUUAAUGUUGUUUAAUCCUAUAUUCUAUAUUCCGUGAUAUUAAAAAAGACCCAAGCCGCUAAUUAUAACAACGCAAGCCUAUCGAUACACUUUCCUACUCAUUCAUUACUGCUGCAGUGCUUGUUGUAGUGGAAAUAGAAAGAAUGCGCAUUUUAUGGCUUAUACAAGUGUUGAAAGCAGCAUCUCUUUGCUGUAUUCAUUGACAUUCUCUCUAGUCAUGGUUUUAAACGUUUUGAUAUCUCACAGUAUCAGCUUUGCUGUAGUUUUCUUUUAUGCCUGCUACGUUACUGCAGACACAGUCAUCUGAGUCGUCCGAUUGGCCAGCGGUAGGCCUAUAGUGCACUUGAUUUUCCGGUCUGCCGGGAAGGCAGAGUUUGUACCUUCAGACACGUGAAAUGGUUCAAAAUGACAACAGUUCGCCUACCUGGUGUGCAGGCAGCUGAAUCGUUGCACCUACCGCCAACAGACAAAAAUAAUAAUAAUAGGAACACAAGGCUUUAUCGUUGUGUUUUUUACAGAAAUGUUUGGCGAUCAACUAGGAAUGCCUUGGAGAUCGACCGGUCAAUCGCGAUCGACCGGUUGGUGACCACUGCUCUAGAAAGUUGAGUGAAGUUCAAUCUUGUGCUUCUCUCUGUGGGCUGAUAUUUCUGCACGGCAGUCCCGGGGAGCUUCGCAGCAGUCUCAAGGCCACUGCGCGCGCGUGCAUCUUAGAGGGAACAUUGCACAUAAUGGAAAUGGGACCCCAACUCAUUAGAAUGUAUCUCUAUCAAUGUUCUGUGUGCGGUGGGUAGGUUUCUAAUGGGGGCGUCAUGCGGAGGAGGGAACAUGAAGGUGGAUGAUGUGAUGUAUGAGUCGUUGGGCCUCCGCCCUCGCCACGCCUACUCUAUCCUGGACGUACGGGACGUACAGGGCUACAGGUGAGAGCCGAUUGGGUUACUAGUGGGAGCUGGUUUUGGCUAAUUGGUCAAAAGUGUUAAGGGGGUGGGGCUAUACGUUAUUGGUGAGAAGGGCCAUGUCUCUUUUUCAGAUUCCUGUCAUUGUGUCCUUUCCAUUAUUGCCACGGGUAGUUGUAAGAAACUUAUCGAACCCUGAUAAGUGUCCUUCAGUUUUUCAGUCCCAAUUCAAUUGCAUUUUUUUUGCUCUCUCUCUGCCGCUCAGACUACUGCGGUUGAGGAACCCAUGGGGACGCUUCUCGUGGAAUGGCAGCUGGUCAGACGAGUGGCCUGAUUGGCCACAGCACCUCCGCCAUGAGCUCAUGGCCCAUGGCAGCAGCGAGGGUGUCUUCUGGAUAGAGUACGGAGACUUCAUCAAGUAGGUCCCGUCUCAAUGCACCAAUGCGUCUCAAUGUGUUUGUCUGUUAGUAUUUCACGGAAUACCGAAACUCCUGUACUUUUUUUACAUUUACAUUAACAUUUACAUCAUUUAGCAGACGCUCUUAUCCAGAGCGACUUACAAAUUGGUGCAUUCAACAUAUGAUAGCCAGUGGGACAACCACUUGUAUUUAUUUUUUAUAAAGUGGAGGAGGGGGGUGGGGGUAGAAGGAUUACUUUAUACUAUUCCAGGUAUUCCUUAUAGAUGUAGGGUUUCAAGUGUCUCCGGAAGGUGGUCAGUGACUCCGCUGUCCUGGCGUCGUGGGGGAGCUUGUUCCACCAUUGGGGUGCCAGAGCAGCAAAUAGCUUUGACUGUGCUGAGCGGGAACUGUGCUUCCGUAGAGGUAGGGGAGCUAGCAGGACAGAGGUGGAUGAACGUAGUGCCCUCGUUUGGGUGUAGGGUCUGAUUAGAGCCUGAAGGUAAGGAGGUGCCGUUCCCCUCACAGCUCCGUAGGCAAGCACCAUGGUCUGUUAGUAGAUGCGAGCCUCAAAUGGAAGCCAGUGGAGUGUGCGGAGGAGCAGGGUGACAUGAGAGAACUUGGGAAGGUCGAACACCAGACGGGCUGCAGCGUUCUGGAUAAAUUGUAGGGGUUUAAUGGCACAGGCAGGGAGCCCAGCCAACAGCGAGUUGCAGUAAUCCAGACGGGAGAUGACAAGUGCCUGGAUUAGGACCUGUGCCGCUUUCUGUGUAAGGUAGGGUCGUACUCUGCGAAUGUUGUAGAGCAUGAACCUGCAGAAUCGGGUCACCGCUUUGAUGUUAGCGGAGAAUGACAGGGUGUUGUCCAGGGUCACGCCAAGGUUCUUUGCACUCUGGGAGGAGGACACAAUGGAGCGGGCAGUCCUUACCCGGGAGGAAGAGCAGCUCCGCCUUGCUGAGGUUCAGCUUGAGGUGGUGAUCCGACAUCCACACUGAUAUGUCUGUCAGACAUGCAGAGAUGCGAUUCGCCACCUGGUUAUCAGAAGGGGGAAAGGAGAAAAUUAAUUGUGUGUCGUCUGCGUAGCAAUGAUAGGAGAGACCAUGUGAGGAUAUGACAGAGCCAAGUGACUUGGUGUAUAGAGAUAAUAGGAGAGGGCCUAGAACUGAGCCCUGGGGGACACCAGUGGUGAGAGCACGUGGUGCGGAGACAGAUUCUCGCCACGCCACCUGGUAGGAGUGACCUGUCAGGUAGGACGCAAUCCAAGAGUGAACAGCGCCGGAGAUGCCCAACUCGGAGAGGGUGGAGAGGAGGAUCUGAUGGUUCACAGUAUCAAAGGCAGCGGAUAGGUCUAGAAGGAUAAGAGCAGAGGAGAGAGAGUUAGCUUUAGCAGUGCGGAGAGCCUCCGUGACACAGAGAAGAGCAGUCUCAGUUGAAUGACCAGUCUUGAAACCUGACUGGUUUGGAUCAAGAAGGUCAUUCUGAGAGAGAUAGCAGGAGAGUUGGCUAGAGACGGCACGCUCAAGAGUUUUGGAGAGAAAAGAAAGAAGGGAUACUGGUCUGUAGUUGUUGACAUCGGAUGGAUCGAAUAUAGGUUUUUUGAGGAGGGGUGCAACUCUCACUCUCUUGAAGACGGAAGGGACAUGGCCAGCGGUCAAGGAUGAGUUGAUGAGCGAGGUGAGGUAAGGGAGAAGGUCUCCGGAAAUGGUCUGGAGAAGAGAGGAGGGGAUAGGGUCAAGCAGGCAGGUUGUUGGGCGGCUGGCCAUCACAAGUCGCAAGAUUUCAUCUGGAGAGAGAGGGGAGAAAGAAGUCAAAGCAUAGGGUAGGGCAGUGUGAGCAGGACCAGCGGUGUCAUUUGACUUAAUAAAUGAGGAUCGGAUGUCGUCAACCUUCUUUUCAAAAUGGUUGACGAAGUCAUCCACAGAGAGGGAGGAGGGAGGGGGAGGAGGAGGAGGAUUCAGCAGGGAGGAGAAGGUGGCAAAGAGCUUCCUAGGGUUAGAGGCAGAGGCUUGAAAUUUAGAGUGGUAGAAAGUGGCUUUAGCCAUGGAAACAGAGGAAGAUAAUGUAGAGAGGAGGGAGUGAAAAGAUGACAGGUCCGCAGGGAGUCUAGUUUUCCUCCAUUUACGCUCGGCUGCCCGGAGCCCUCUUCUGUGAGCUCGCAAUGAGUCGUCAAGCCACGGAGCAGGAGGGGAGGACCGAGCCGGCCGGGAUGAUAGGGGACAUAGAGAGUCAAAAGAUUCAGAAAGGGAGGAGAGGAGGGUUGAGGAGGCAGAAUCAGGAGAUUGGAGGGAGAAGGAUUUAGCAGAGGGAAGAGAUGAUAGGAUGGAAGAGAAGAGAGUAGCGGGAGAGAGAGAGCGAAGGUUGCGACGGCACAUUACCAUCUGAGUAGGGGCAGAGUGAGUAGUGUUGGAGGAGAGCGAGAGAGAAAAUGAUACUAAGUGGUGGUCGGAGACUUGGAGGGGAGUUGCAGUGAGAUUAGUAGAAGAACAGCAUCUAGUAAAGAUGAGGUCAAGCGUAUUUAUUGCCUUGUGAGUAGGGGGGGACGGUGAGAGGGUGAGGUCAAAAGAGGAAAGGAGUGGAAAGAAGGAGGCAGAGAGAAAUGAGUCAAAGGCUUAGGGAGGUUAAAGUCACCCAGAACUGUGAGGGGUGAGCCAUCCUGAAAAACGGUUCGGUACUAUCAUUUUUGUUAGUUUAGGUACUUCUGUCAAAUGUGUCUCACGGAUCAACUCUGUCUAUCAGCGCAGCCGAUGUCCCCCUUUUAGCACUGUGCCUGCUCCACUUUGUCUGCACUGGGAGUCUGGGCUGCAUCAUGGGAGCUCCCCAGCUGGGCUGCACAGAAGUUAACACACUUGAAUAAUGCGACACGGCAUGUAGAAAUGUUGAAACUGUUAAUUACUGUUUGCAAAACAAUGUCCAUACAGGCUAGAACACUUUACAAUAUGAGAAGGUACCGGUAGUUUCCAGCUUUGUAGGCACACUUUUCUUGCUAGCUUACAGCUAAAGCUAUCACCAAUUCACUACCCUGGUACUUUGUGAUAAUAUGCAAACCAUAAUGCAAAAUAUGCUGAUUUCAAAGCUGAAUGCCACCAAAAACGUUAUUAAUUCACUUAAUCGGUCUCUCUCUCAGGUCUCUCCCAAAGAUGAUGUAGGCCGUCAUUGUAAAUAAGAAUUUGUUCUUAACUGACUUGCCUAGUUAAAUAAAGGUAAAAUAAAAUAAAUAAAAAUGAUCUAUUGCCUCAGCCAACUGACUCUGGGCUGCCCCCCCCCCUCUUGCCUGAUGAAUGAUGUCAUUACUUGUUAAAGAGACAGCGCACACUUUUAUAAAAUAAGCUACAUCUAUGCAAAUGUUGAUCAGGACAAUAAAAUAAGCCCAAAAUGGAAGGGAAACAGAUUGUUUGUCAUCUGUAGCCCCAUGAAAUCAGCCAAAACAAGCUCAAUAACUCAAUGCAUGCACACACUCCUAUUGAAUAUCUAUCUAUUCAGCUGUAUUGUGGAUAGGCCUAGGCUACAUCUUAAUUUACCCAGUUUAUCAAUAGAGAUUUACCAUUCAAAUAAAUGAUUACCAUUAUGUAGUUAGAUUGGUAAAAACAAAGUCAAAUUGAUUGUAUGAUUGAUUCAUUAAUGCAUACAUGGCUGUCUCUGAAAAAUGUUGACUUAAAAAUGUCCAAUGUUAAGAUGUUGAACUCAAAAGAUGCCCAACAAUUGAACAAAGCAGUACCUAGGUUUAUCUGUCUGAAUCAAGUGCCAUUCUGUGACUUUGGUUAAUAUGCCUUCUUUUUUUUUUUAAGUGGUAUCGUUUUGGUAUUAAAUAUCGUGAUGGUAACGUGAAUCGUGAUACUAAACCUGGUAUCAGAAUCAAAGUCAAAAUUCUGGCAUCGUGACAACACUACUGUCUGUCUGUCUAUAUACUGUAUCUGAAAGAAGAGGGAAGGAACACAGUAGCUAACUCUGCUCAGCAUACCGCAAGGUAAAGGGUAUAGAUGGGCAUGGUUAUUUGAAUAUUCAAAUAUCCGACUGACAUUAUUAUUCAAUUACUUGGGAGAGUAUUCCUUUUUGAGAAGAAAAUAAAUAGGCCAAUAAUAAUUAUUUUUAAGGCGUCUGAGAAAUCACCUGUGACUAACGUACGUAAUCAGUGUAAUUUUGUAAAUGGUGGAUCUCUAUGGCAAGACUCAUCAUUCACCCAAGUUUCGUCAAAAUAGGCCCAGUGGUGACUGAGAUAUUGCGUGGGUUAGCAAAACUCAUAUCCCUGAGCAUGUGUGCCAAAUUUCAUCACUCUGAGUCAAACAGAUCAAGAGAUAUAAACAUGUGCCCGUUAUAGCGCCACCGUGGGGUUGAUAUGAGACUCGAAAUUGAGCUCCGGUGCAUCCUGUUUCCAUUGAUCAUCCUUGAGAUGUUUCUACAAAUGUCUAAAAACCAGUUUUUGCUUUGUCAUUAUGGGGUAUUGUGUGUAGAAUGAUGAAUAAAAAUACAAUUUAAUUCACUUUAGAAUAAGGCUGUAACGUAACAAAGUGGAAAAAGUCAAGGGGUCUGAAUACUUUCCGAAGGCACUGUAUAUAUAUAUUCUUUAAAACAUGUACUGUAUUUCGACUACCCGGAUAGCCGAAAAAAUAUCAUGAUAUUAUUUGAAUAGUGAAAUAAUUUCAAAUGCCCAUCCCUAGUAAAGGGUACAUGACAAACAAAUACUGAAGGGAAGUCCUCACAGCGUUUAACAGAUGUAGCCUAGUAGUUUAACUAAGAACACCACAGUACACUCUGGUUUCAAAGCUUUUUCUCUUCCACCUCCACCCUCUUAUCCCUCUCUUCUUCUGGGAAGACGAAAGUGAGGAGCAGACAGAUGACAAAGCCGGGGGGGGGGGGGGUGAUAAAACGGUGAAAAACAGACUGAGAGGAAAAGAGGGUGAGUCAGUCACUGGUUGGGUCUCUGGGGGCGGUCGCUUUGAAGCAGAGCCAUUUUUAUUAGCAAGCCAAAUGUUUACGUACCGGUACCACAAGACGAGAGAGGGAUGAUUGGUAAACAUACCGGAGGAGGGGGGGGGGGGGGGAGUAAGGUGGAGAAAGGUAAAGGGUUGGCUUUGAUCUGUAUAAAUACAUUUGAAUCGUGUGUGCGUGUGAACGACUGGAAUGUCAGGUCAGAGGGUGGUCUUCCGAGUUGGGUGUCUGUCAAAGUUAUCGGGAAAACAUCAACUUGUAAGAGAGGGAGAGGAAAGGAUGUCAAGAUAGCUCAUGCCUUAAGAAGUCAAAUGAAGGAGCUGUCUUUCAGAAGACUUUGUGCUGAUCAAAGAUGGGGCUUAUUGGAGUAUUGCCGUGAGGGUGUGUAUGCAUCUAUGUGCUCUUUUGAUACAGUAUAGCUUUCACGUAAAGUUACUGUGUAGGAAGGGAGUCCUGUCAUGGCAUGCAGCAGCCGUGUGCAUGUGUGUGAGUGUUUGUGUGUUUGUUUGUGGGCUGAUGUGAACAGAUGUUGCAGAGGCGCAUCACAGCUUGAAUUUCUAAUUGGGCCUAACACAGCUACUUGUGGUGCACCACACUGCUAGUUUUAGUCAAUCACACACUGCUAUUAACCCUAUCAAGGGACUAUGGUUUUAUUGUUGGCCCAAAACAUCAAAAUCGACAAUCUUUACAGAUUUCAUCAUAUGAUGUCAGCACGUGUUGUAUCGAAAUUCGUAGAACAGAUAUUGUAUGUUUAUUUUCUGGGUAGCUUUUCUUUGGCUCUUUGUGUCUGUGCAGUUGAAGCAGUGGUGAAACUGGCUGGGUAGUGAAGUGACUAGUGGUGAUCAGUGACAUCACAAUUGGCUUUGAGCGACGAGUGUUAUUGUGGAUUAGGUUGUAAGAUCACGUCCUGGUCAGGAUGGAACCGACUGUUACACAGUCAGCGAUUCUAACCCUGUCUGUGUAUUUUUUGUGUUUCCACAGGUACUUUGACUCGGUGGACAUCUGUAAGAUCCACUCAGACUGGCAGGAGGUGCGGUUACAGGGCUAUUUCCCCAGUAGAGCCUGUGGUCCUGUUACGGUUACUGCUCUGACCAUGCUGGAGAGGACCGCGCUGGAGUUUGCUCUCUUCCAGGAGGGCAGCAGGUACUUUCUUUCUUUCUUUCUUUUUUUCUUUCUUUUUUUCUUUCUUUUUUCUUUCUUUCUUUCUUUCUUUCUUUCUUUCUUUCUUUCUUUCUUUCUUUCUUUCUUUCUUUCUUCCUUUCUUUUGCUCACUUGCUCGCUCUCUCUCGCUCUCUCUCUCGCUCAACAGCCACCUGUUGGAAUGAACAAUAAUCAUUUAGACCAUGUAAAUAAACAAUGCAACUUUUAAACUUCUGAAUCUCUAUUCCCCUCCUUCCUCUAGACGGUCGGAGACGGCAGACAGCCCCCUGUUGGACCUGUGUAUCAUGGUGUUCAGAGCAUCGUUUGGCAAUGGCAACAAGCUGACCCUGGGCAGGCUGCUGGCCCACAGCAAGCGGGCCGUCAAGAAGUUUGUGGGCUGCGACGUGAUGUUGGAGCCGGGCGAGUACGCCGUGGUGUGUUGCGCCUUUAACCACUGGCAGAUGAACGUCAGCGGAGUGGGGUCGCCCACACCAGGUACAAACACACACACACACACACACACAUAUACAGUAUUACAGUAUAUCCCUCUACCGAUUGGCAUGAAUGGAUGGUAGAGGAGUACCGCCCACACUAGCUUCACACACAAACACACACAAUUACAUUUACAUUUACAUUUACAUUCACACAUACACAUCAACAUUCUCACACCUAUUCAAACACAACUGACACAUUCAUGAUAUGCAUGUGUCAUCUCAUAGUAUGAAUGUGUCAGCUGUGUUUGAAUAUGUGUGUGAGCAGCCGGUAAAGCAUUCAAUAAGGAGAAUAUGCCUAUGGACUGAUUCAUCUAUGAUAGACUCACACGGUAGAGGUCUUCAUGGGUCCAAAAGGUUGGACCCAUUCCGAAAUGGACCUGGGGCAUUCCCACCCGAACCCAAUAUGCAUAAAUACAUUUUUAAAAUAUAGAGACCCACUCCGAACAGACCCGAGGACAACUAGACCUGUUCCGUAUAGACCUGGUGGGAUCCAGACUCCGAGUGAGGGAAGCAGGAGAAAAGUCCGUUUUUAAGCUACUUUAUUAACCAGAGCUGAUAAAGCGCUAGAGGAGGGAGAGAGAUGGGCCGCUCUAGCAGGGAGCGACGAGAGACAGAAACCAGCCAAGCCGACUUUGCCGCUUUCAUGACUUUCUGGAAUACCCCUCUGUAGUUAACCUGCUAGCUUGUGGAUUGAACUUUGUCUUUCAAAUGAGGGAACAGAAAACAAAAUGGAGGAGAAGAGGAAAUUCAGCGACUUGGAGGGCAGUGGAAGUUGAUACAAACACUUCUUUAUUGAUAAAACCAAUGUUUUGGCCCUUAGCCUUCAUCAGGGUUUUAGUAAGGCUUUUAUACAUUUCACAUGGCUUUCUAUGGGUUCAUGGACCAAUCACAAUGGAGUCUUGUCUUCUCUUAGUGUCGAGCCCAACCAGUGCACGGCGUCCCAACCAGGACUUCCCAGGGUACAUCCUGGCCAUCUACAGCUCCCGUCAGGUGAUGGUGGAGCAGGUGGAGGCUACCUCUACCACACUGGCCGACGCCAUCAUCCUACUAACCGAGAACAAGGGGGAGCGACACGAGGUGAGGGGCAUGGACACAUACACACUCACAGAGAGAGAUGCACACAGUGAGAGACACACACACUCGGAGACACACACAUUGUAGUCCUCCUGAUCGGCAACAAGGGAGAGGGUUGAGGAAGAGGGGUGAGCCACACACACACACCAAAAAACAACCUUAACCUAGAACAAAAUACUGUUUGUGAGAGUGUAUGUAUGUCCCACACACACAGUGGACAGUGGAGACUGGCACACACACACACACACACACACACAUACAUACACACUCUCAUGGACACACACCAAACAAGGCUAGAGUAAGGAAGAGAAUGUGGGUGGAUGCGAGUUGGAUGCACAAAUCAAGUAUCUGUUCUACAUUCACAACACUUGUGCCUGUCUGAAAGGGUCUGUCAUGUUUCCAGGUAUUUGAGGGGGACGGCGGGGCUUUUAAAUGUAAGCGAUACUCUGUUAAAUGAUUCAGUUUUCCAACUCUGAAUCUACUAUCCACAGAAGGUGACCAACAGCUUUGGAAACAUUCAAGGCAGCAUGAAUGUUCCACUGCUGGGGUAAAAACAUGGGUUACACUUCCUACUGUAUGUGGAGCCUUGCGUUUCUCGAAAGUAGUAGGCAGAAGGAAUAUUUAUAGAGACUGGUUCGUUAAACUAUUGUGUAACCCUGUCAUAUUAUGUAUAUAUUAUGAUGUAGUAACAGGCUGUGUGUCUGUCUGUGUCUGUCUGCGUGUCUGUCUCUCUCUUUAUCUAUGUAUGUAGGGUCGCGAGGGUAUGACAUGCUACUACCUGACCCACGGCUGGGCGGGGCUGAUCGUGGUGGUGGAGAACCGCCACCCCAAGUACUACCUCCACGUGUCAUGUGACUGUACGGACAGCUUCAACGUGGUGUCCACCCGCGGCAGCCUUAAGACCAUCGACAGUGUACCGCCACUGCACAGGUACUGCACACCACACAGUACAUUGUUUUAAGGGCCUAUUUAGAGAGUAAACUCACACACCUUAACUUGCUACCAGGUACAUGGAGAAGAAAGUGUACUAAAUAAAAUAAAAUAAACUAGAGCACAUUUAAUUUGUAUACAGGCCUAUAUACCACUGUUGAAGACAGAAAUUAUUAAUGACCGUGUUUUUUAACAGUGUUUACUUGCAGUCGUAUACUUAAUUGUUAUAGUUGGAAGUUUACAUACUUAGGUUGGAGUCAUUAAAACUCGUUUUUCAACCACUCCACAAAUGUCUUGUUAACAAACUAUAGUUUUGGCAAGUCGGUUAGGACAUCUACUUUGUGCAUGACAUAAGUCAUUUUUCCAACAAUUGUUUACAGAUUAUUUCACUUAUAAUUCACUGUAUCACAAUUCCAGUGGGUCAGAAAUGUACAUACACUAAGUUGACUAUGCCUUUAAACAGCUUGGAAAAUUCCAGAAAAUGAUGUCAUGGCUUUAGAAGCUUCUGAUAGGCUAAUUGACAUAAUUUGAGUCAAUUGGAGGUGUACCUGUGGAUGUAUUGCAAGGCCUACCUUCAAACUCAGUGCCUCUUUGCUUGACAUCAUGGGAAAAUCAAAAGAAAUCAGCCAAGACCUCAUAAAAAAAUGGUAGACCUCCACAAGUCUGGUUCAUCCUUGGGAGCAAUUUCCAAAUGCCUGAAGGUACCACGUUCAUCUGUAAAAACAAUAGUACGCAAGUACAAACACCAUGGGACCACGCAGCUGUCAUACCGCUCAGGAAGGAGACGUGUUCUGUCUCCUAGAGAUGAACGUACUUUGGUGCGAAAAGUGCAAAUCAAUCCCAGAACAACAGCAAAGGACCUUGUGAAGAUUCAGGAGGAAACAGGUACAAAAGUAUCUAUAUCCACAGUAAAACGAGUCCUGUAUCGACAUAACCUGAAAGGCCGCUCAGCAAGGAAGAAGCCACUGCUCCAAAACCGCCAUAAAAAAGCCAGACUACGGUUUGCAACUGCACAAGGGGACAAAGAUCGUACUUUUUGGAGAAAUGUCCUCUGGUCUGAUGAAACAGAAAUGGAACUGUUUGGCCAUAAUGACCAUCGUUAUGUUUGGAGGAAAAGGGGGAGAGCUUGCAAGCCGAAGAACACCAUCCCAACCGUGAAGCACGGGGUGGUAGCAUCAUGCUGUGGGGGUGCUUUGCUGCAGGAGGGACUGGUGCACUUCACAAAAUAGAUGGGAUCAUGAGGAAGGAAAAUUAUGUGGAUAUAUUGAAGCAACAUCUCAAGACAUCAGUCAGGAAAUGAAAGCUUGGUCGCAAAUGGGUCUUCAAAAUGGACAACGACCCCAAGCAUACUUCCGAAGUUGUGACAAAAUGGCUUAAGGACAACAAAGUCAAGGUAUUGGAGUGGCCAUCACAAAGCCCUGACCUCAAUCCUAUAGAAAAUUUGUGGGCAGAACUGAAAAAGCGUGUGCGAGCAAGGAGGCCUUACAAACCUGACUCAGUUAAACCAGCUCUGUCAGGAGGAAUGGGUCAAUAUUCACCCAACUUAUUGUGGGAAGCUUGUGGAAGGCUACCCAAAACAUUUGACCCAAGUUAAACAAUUUAUAGGCAAUGCUACCAAAAACUAAUUGAGUGUAUGUCAACUUCUGACCCACUGGGAAUGUGAUGAAAGAAAUAAAAGCUGAAAUAAAUAAUUCUCUCUACUAUUAUUCUGACAUUUCACAUUCUUAAAAUAAAGUUUUGAUCCUAACUGACCUAAGACAGGGAAUUUUUACUAGGAUUAAAUGUCAGGAAUUGUGAAAAACUGAUACAAUUAUAUUAAAAACUGCAAACAUUCCUCUCCACCCAAUGGCAAAAUGUGUAAAAUUGCAGGAAAUUAGCAGGAAAACAGCUCAUUUUCCACUCUGCCCCAUGGCUAAAUGAGUAGAAUUGCAUGAAAUUAGUUAUAAAAUUGCUAAAUCUUCUCUACACCCCAUGGCAAAUGUAUAAAAUUGCACGAAAUUAACUAUAAAACGUUUAAAAAAAUUAUAUGGAUGUGGGUACGCAGACCUGCGAGCAACUGCGGCCCCCUCAUGACGAGUUCAGAUUUUUUUGUGGCCCCCACCCUGAUCAAUGUUGCCCAUCCCUGAUUUACACUGAGUAUACAAAACAUUAAGAGCACCUUCCUAAUAUUGAGUUGCACCCCCUUUUUCCCUCAGAACAGCCUCAAUUCGUCGGGGCAUGGACUCUACAAGGUAUCGAAAGCGUUCCACAAGGAUGCUGGUCCAUGUUGACUCCAAUGCUUCCCACAGUUGUGUCAAGUUGGCUGGAUGUCCUUUGGGUGGUGGACCAUUCUUGAUACACACGGAAAACUGUUGAGUGUGAAAAACCCAGCAGCGUUGCAGUUCUUGACACACUCAAACCGAUGCGUCUGGCACCUACUACCAUACCCCGUUCAAAGGCACUUAAAUUUUUUACCUUGCCCAUUCUCCCUCUGAAUGGCACACAUAUACAAUCCAUGUCUCAAUUGUCUCAAUACUUAAAAAUACUUAUUUAACCUGUCUCUUCCCCUCCAUCUACACUGAUUGAAGUGGAUUUAACAGGUGACAUCAAUAAGGGAUCAUAGCUUUCACCUGGAUUCACCUGGUCAGUCUGUCAUGGAAAGAGCAGGUGUCCUUAAUGUUUUGUACAGUCAGGGUAUAUACCACAUCGUUCUGCUGAGGACAGUCUUGCGUGAAUGCAUGACCAUGUUUCCUGACUGUUAUCAUCUGACUUUGUCUCCCCCUGCAGGCAGGUGCUGGUGGUGCUAUCCCAGCUGGAGGGCAACGCAGGCUUUUCCAUCACCCACCGGCUGGCCCACCGUAAGGCCGCCCAGGCCUCCCUAGGGGACUGGACCCCCAACAAGGCCACGCACAGCCCCCAGCUCACCCCCGACAUCGACGGCCUACACCGGCCACGGCCCCUAUGACCACGGCCCCCCCUCACACACACAAACACACACAAGCUGAUGAUACACACGUUGACACGCGUACGCGAACACAUACGUACGGAAAGCAGGGGCUGUGUGACGCUGGAAUAAACACAUAUGGAUAGAGGGAGGAGACAUCCGUGGGAAGGAUGACUGGCAGUUUCGUGCGCUUCAUCUUCUUCCUCCUCAAUCCCUGAAUGAUGAGGACUCAAUCCUGCCAAAACACCUCGAUCCAGUUGGGAAGGAGGAGAGGAGAGUGGGUGGAUGUGAUGGGAGAUGAGGGACCCUUCCCAGGUGAAGUCAGUGUUUCUGGGUGACUGGAGAGGUCCUGAGCCUGAGACCCUCCAACCUCCAACCAACCAGGAAGGAUUCUAGAUCUCACCUCGUCAACUACAACACUGUACUGUUUUUCUGUCAAUGGACCAGGGAUGUUACACAGACAGACACCCUGACCAGAACAGAACAGCGCCCGUUCUUUCUCUAACCCCCAACCGAUGUCAACGAACGCCCAGGAACACUGACUGUUGACCCCACAUCCCAAAGGUUAAAGGUCAUUCAGAGGUCAGGGUGGAGUGCUGUAACUACUGAGCCACCUGGUGGCUGUUCCCCAACUGAGCCAAUCCACCACACUGACCUGACCACCUGACCCCACUGUUCUUGGUCUAUGGACCCACCCCACCAUACUCAAGGUAGAAGAGCUGAUCUAGGAUCAGCUUCCCCUC